UAGUUCAGAUUUUACAUGCUCAGUGCUAUUACUGUGAACACUAAAUUUCAUGGAUUUUUACUUUAUAGAUAUAUUAUUUUGUUAAAUCAGAUUUGCACUUCUGGACACAAGUUUACUAAAUAUUUUUCUCCCAGAUUAAUAGAAGAUGGCCAGUUUGAAAUAGUAUCAGGAGGAUGGGUCAUGCCUGAUGAAGCUUCUCCUCAUUACUUUGCUUUAAUUGACCAGCUGAUAGAAGGACAUCAGUGGCUGGAGAAGACUCUAGGAGUAAAACCGAAGUCUGGUUGGGCCAUCGAUCCCUUUGGGCAUUCGCCAACAAUGACUUACCUUCUGAAACGCUCAGGAUUUUCCAACAUGCUUAUACAGAGAGUUCAUUACUCAGUUAAAAAAUAUUUUGCAACCCAGAAGACACUAGAAUUUUUUUGGAGACAGAACUGGGAUUUGGGAUCUAGUACAGAUAUCCUUUGCCACAUGAUGCCUUUCUACAGCUAUGACGUUCCUCAUACUUGUGGUCCAGAUCCUAAAAUCUGUUGCCAGUUUGAUUUUAAGCGUCUUCCUGGAGGAAGAGUAAGUUGUCCCUGGAGAGUUCCUCCUGAGGCCAUUCAUACUGGGAAUGUUCAGCACAGGGCUUGGAUGAUUUUAGAUCAGUACAGAAAGAAGUCAAAGCUUUUCCGUACUAAAGUUCUGUUGGCUCCAUUAGGGGAUGAUUUCCGCUACAGUGAGAGCUCAGAAUGGGAUCAGCAGUACCAGAAUUAUCAAAAGCUUUUUGAUUUUAUGAACUCUCAUCCUGAGUUACAUGUUAAGGCCCAGUUUGGGACUUUAUCCGAUUAUUUUGAGGCUCUGCGCAAAGCAGGUAAUUUGGAGGAAAAGAACAGCAAUUCAGUUUUUCCUGUUCUGAGUGGAGAUUUCUUCACAUAUGCAGACAGAGAUAAUCAUUAUUGGAGUGGAUACUUUACAUCACGACCCUUCUACAAAAGACUAGAUAGAGUUCUGGAAUCCUAUUUAAGGUAGGUAUAGUCAUCUGAUACAGGUAUCGUGUAAAUGUUUGUUUGUCUAAUACUGCAGAGAUAUCAAAUGUCCUUUUCAAAUAAACUCUGAAGCUUAUUUUCAUUAUACUAUAGUUAAGGUUCAUAUUUCACUAGGAAAAAUAUAACUGACAUCAACAUUUAGACUUUGUCAUAAUCUCUGUAGAAGAAGAAAUAUGGCUGUGGCAUUUUAAUGGAAUCACAAAUAUAUGGGAUAUUUGUCAAUCUAAACAGUUUUUUGUAAAAAGUUCCACCUAUAACUUAAUUGUUUUAAGAUACCAUGGAAGUUACCAGUCACUUUGAAUACCAUGAAACUAGCAAAUGUAUUCUUGAUCCUUGUCUCUGUAGAUGGGACUUGAAUAAUUAUGUUGAUUGCUGUCAGAUGAUCUGUCAUUUUCUGGAAUGCUUGACUUUUUGGGCAGGGAGAUGAAAGGAAUGAAUUUUGCCAUGACAUUCAAAUCUGAAGUAGUCAAGGGUAUUUGUGUGCCCAGUGAAGUUAUGAGCGCAAUUUGGAAUCUCCUUAAAAUGAGGCAGGAAGUACUUGAGGACCUGUAUCAUUAGUCAGGUACUUCUCUUUGGCAGUUACUUGGCUGUUCCCAAUAGCUACAAGGGGCACUGAAAGCAGAACUAGUUGCAAUUAGGGCUCUGUGAUGGGGUGUUUACCCCACACUUGCCCUGAAGAAGUUAAUGCAGAUUGAGAAGAUGGCUAAUUAGUAUGAUAGACCAGUGCUGAGGGAAAUGAGGUGGCUAAGUAAUCCCAUGACUGAAGGAGGGGAGCCCAGCUGAGGAGCAAGGAGCUUGGCUGGAUUUAUGAAGCCAAGAAAUUGGAAGCAGAGGGGGACUGCUGGGAAAGUCUGCAGUUGCUCCCUGGGAGAAGGGAGGAGUGUUGAGAGGCUGCAGAGACAGGUACCCUACAGUUACUCCCUGGUAGGAGGCAGUUGGGGGGCUGACAAACUCAAGGUUUGUGGGGGGAGUGCUAGAUAGUAAGGAAAGAGCUCAGGGAAAGGCAGUAAAGUCUAGAAGGGAACAGACCUUGGCUGUUGACUUAGAUGGUCCCUGAGUAGAGGGUGGGCUCAGGUUCCUUUGCCAGCCACUGAGAGAGUGGCACCAUGGGCUGAAAACUGCCUGAGACUGCUAGUGUGGAGAGAGACUUUGAAAAACGUUGGUACCCUGGGAGGGAGGAUCAUAGUGACCUGGCUGAAGAGCCAAGUCAUGAAGAGGAAGCUGCAGCUCCUGGGGUGAGAGGGGCCUCCGGGGUGAGGACUGGUGAAGAGACUGAGAGGAGGGCUCAGUACCUUAAAAGAGCUAAUCUCCAGAGCGAGUAGGGGGAAGAGCCAUCUGUGGACCCCAUCACAGGCUCUGAAAGGAUUGAUUUUUGGAUUGGCACAUACCUUCUGAAUCCUGUUGGCUUCUACCUGAACCCUGCUUCCAAAAAGACUACUGCUCAGAAGACAUUUUGGGGGUUAUCUUUCAGGGGUUUCAGGAUCUGUUACACCACUUCUGAAUAGAGAAGAACUUGCAUAAUGGGGGGUGACCUUGGCCAUCUUGAAGGAAGCAUCUCACAGGGCUUUGCAGGUUGUAAUGUCUGCUGCCACAUUCAGAAGGAACAUCUUGAUGAUGAUGUAGAUAGCAUUGCAGAGGAAAGUGUGAUUCUCUUCCAGAAGGGGUGCCAUUUGUUCAAAGGUAGAAUUCUCAGGAACCAAGCCUUUGCAGUCUAGAAUGUUUGGUUCAACAGUCCUGAUGCAGGAACCCUGGAAGCAACCUGGCUUGAUAAGGCUUGAACUAGUAGACUCAGACUUUAAGGCCAGAAGGAAUCAUCGUGAUCAUCCAGGCUGAUGUCCUGCACAUUGCAGGCCACAGAACCUCACCCACUCCAUUUCUUUACAGUCUACCUCAUC